AUGGGAGCGAUCCCAUUCCACCGUUCCAUACUCGAGGUCCAGCUGCCAAAACACUUUGACAAGUCAACGGACAUGAGGCACGAUGGAACGCAAGACCCGCUGGAACACCUCACGACCUUCGAGGCCAAGAUGAACCUAGAGGGAGUGGGAGACGAGGUAAGGUGCCGCGCUUUCCCAGUCACCCUCGCGGGACCUGCAAUACGGUGGUUCAAUAACCUCCCGCAGGGCUCGGUAACCCGCUUCUCCGACAUCAGCCAUGCCUUCCUGGCUCAGUUCACGACCAGAAUUGCCAAAGCCAAGCACCCGAUCAAUUUGCUAGGGGUGACCCAGAAAGCCGGAGAGCCGACCAGGAAAUACCUAGAUCGCUUCAACGACGAAUGCUUGGAAAUCGACGGGCUGACGAACUCGGUGGCGAGUUUAUGCUUGACUAACGGGCUCUUGAACGAGGACUUCAGGAAGCACCUCACCACAAAGCCAGUAUGGACAAUGCAGGAGAUCCAAUGCGUCGCUAAGGAGUAUAUUAACGACGAAGAAGUCAGCUGGGUCGUAGCUGCCAACAAACGGCAACCCCCCUACAACCAAACCCGCCACUACGAGGGUGGAGAAAGACAAAAGGAACAUGCUAGGGACGGCGGUCCGAGUAAGGCGCCAAAGCCAUUUCCCCGAGUAGGGAAAUUCACCAACUACACCCCCCUCACGGCACCAAUCACGGAAGUUUAUCAACAGAUAGCCGAGAAGGGGAUACUGUCGAGACCCUGA